AUGAAAGUACCCAUGGUUCCUGGAUUUGGAGAGUUGACAAGCGAGAAAGUGAUGACUGGCGUUGAACAGGUCAUCUAUCGACACUCGACCGUCGACUACACGAAAUCUGAGAAGGCAACAAGGGAACAGGCAAAGGUUUACCUGAGUGAAAAUGUAUGCGUCAGCUUGUUGAGGGUCAUAAAAAUGAUUCAGAUGGUUUAUAUCUUCGAAAAGAACAUCGAUCGCUGGGAGCCCGUCCGUGAACCCCACCCCUUCGACAAAGCUUUCCUAGAUCCGUCAACGCAAUACCCCGCAACUCAUGCACACAGACGAGGGUUGUUCAACACUAUAGACGAUUUGUUGGUGAUGGACACUGUGAUAACCCUGAUCAAGAAACUUCUUGAGUACAACCUGAUCACCAGAGAUCACUAUCGCAGUCUACCUUACAAGACACUCUCGCUGUCACAAAUCGAAGAAGACGACAUUUGCCCAAUCUGCCACAUGGAAUUUGGCGACGGUGAUCAGAAAUGCAAUAACCCGAUAGAGCUGCGUUGCGCGGGCAAGCGCCGAGGACAUAAGUUUGGCUUUGAAUGUAUCAAAGAAUGGAGAACCUCGAUACUGCGAACAGAUGGCCAUACGUAUGUUAGUUGUCCGACGUGUAGACGACGAGUUAAGGGCGGCCGAACUAUUGAUUGGCCUUGGGAGCAACAGCAAAUCCAGGUUAAACACCCUGAGACGCCAGCGUGGGUUGAGCUUCUCAUUCCUGAUGUGUUACGAAACAUGGAAGAGUCUGAUUGA